UCGUCAGAAAACCAGCACGUCUUCCCCUUGGGUUCUGGGACCAGCGCUUUCAACGAUAAAUCCUUUGGGGCCAGGCAGAUCCCAGCUGAGACCCUGCGGCGCGCCAUGCCCGGCCUGGGGCGGAGGUGAGACAGGCCGCGCACCUCCAAGCUUUGACACGUCCUUCCUCCAAAGGGUGGAGGCUCCACAGGCCCCGCACGAGCCCGACGUGCCCCCGGGCUGCCGCCAUGGAACCCCUGUUCCCAGCUUCCACGCCCAGCUGGAACGCCUCCUCCCCGGGGGCUGCCUCCGGAGGUGGCGACAACAGGACGCUGGUGGGGCCGGCGCCCUCGGCGGGGGCCCGGGCAGUGCUGGUGCCCGUGCUGUACCUGCUGGUGUGCGCGGCUGGGCUGGGCGGGAACACGCUGGUCAUCUACGUGGUGCUGCGCUUCGCCAAGAUGAAGACGGUCACCAACAUCUACAUCCUCAACCUGGCAGUGGCUGACGUCCUCUACAUGCUGGGGCUGCCCUUCCUGGCCACGCAGAACGCCGCGUCCUUCUGGCCCUUCGGCCCCAUCCUGUGCCGCCUGGUCAUGACGCUGGACGGCGUCAACCAGUUCACCAGUGUCUUCUGCCUGACGGUCAUGAGUGUGGACCGCUACCUGGCCGUGGUGCAUCCGCUGAGCUCCGCCCGCUGGCGCCGCCCACGUGUGGCCAAGCUGGCGAGCGCCGCGGCCUGGGCCCUGUCUCUGUGCAUGUCGCUGCCGCUCCUGGUGUUCGCAGACGUGCAGGAGGGCGGCACUUGCAACGCCAGCUGGCCGGAGCCCGUGGGGCUGUGGGGUGCCGUCUUCAUCAUCUACACGGCCGUGCUGGGCUUCUUCGGGCCGCUGCUGGUCAUCUGCCUGUGCUACCUGCUCAUCGUGGUGAAGGUGAGGGCGGCGGCCGUGCGCGUGGGCUGCGUUCGGCGGCGCUCGGAGCGGAAGGUGACGCGCAUGGUGUUGGUGGUGGUGCUGGUGUUCGCGGGAUGCUGGCUGCCCUUCUUCACCGUCAACAUCGUCAACCUGGCCGUGGCGCUGCCCCAGGAGCCCGCCUCCGCCGGCCUCUACUUCUUCGUGGUCAUCCUCUCCUACGCCAACAGCUGCGCCAACCCCAUCCUCUACGGCUUCCUCUCUGACAACUUCCGCCAGAGCUUCCAGAAGGUUCUGUGCCUCCGCAAGGGCUCCGGCGCCAAGGACGCUGACGCCAUGGAGCCGCGGCCAGAUAGGAGCCGGCAGCAGCAGGAGGCCAUGCCGCCCACGCACGGCGUCGAAGCCAAUGGGCUUAUGCAGACCAGCAAGCUGUGAGGGCCCCGGCAGGGGGGUGGGCGGCCCCGCAUCACCCCCAGGUGCACUGCAGUGACCCCCACCCGUGACCUGCCAGUCAGGAUGCUGCCCGGCGGUGGUGUGAGGACAGAGCUGGCUGAGGCCAGGCUGGGGUGGACACAGGGCAGAAGGCGCCCCACAGUACCCCCACCCCCUCCAGCCGUCUGCCACAUGGCGGGGCUCCCGGGAGGUGGGGGGCUUGGCCGUGCCUUGAAAGUGCUCAGGGCUGCCUCACCCUCCGUCCGGCCCCAGCCCAUGCCGGCUUUCCCUCUGGGGAGCGACUUUUCCAGAAGGCCGGCCAGGCGAGAGGGUCUUCCUGACUGCAGGGACUGACCUGCCCGGCCCACCAGCUACCGUGCCCUUGAGUCAGCUCCGAGCCACCUGGUCCACGUCCGGGGCUGCUCUGCUAAAUUUAAAGGCACCCGAAAGUGCUUGACGCAGGUCCGCUGGAGUCCCUGGCUGCGGCCCCAGCCCCUCGCUUGCCCUGCACUGUGUGGACUCUGGGGACACGGAUGUAAGGGGAGUGUGGCUGGGCAGCCACCGGUCAGCCAGGGUCACGCCCGUCCUGGGGGCCCCACCCUGCUGCCCGACACCCCCCACAGGACUCUGCGGGUGGCAGUUGCUGUCUCAGAGAGGGGAGCGGGGGGGCUUGGGAGUUGGCCCAGCCAGGGGCGAGGUGGGGAGGCGGCCGGUGCAGAGGAGAGCCGGGGGCUGAGGCUGGGGUGGAGGCUCCGGCCCUCCAGGCUUCGGGGGGUGCAGGUGGUUGUGCUGUGCUGGGAUUGGCUCUGUCUGGAGGGGUCCAGUGCAGGUUGUGUCUGGGGGCACUAGGGAGAGGGGCUCCUGCUGGAGGAGGACCUCAGAGUCUCGGGGGGCUCUUGAGGGAGGGUGGUGAGGACGGGGAACUUGCAGCUGUCUCUUCUGCUUUGGGACAGGGACUCCGGCCCGGGAGAGGGAACGGGGACAGGAGCAGAUGCCAGUCAUCCAGGCGCAGUGGGGAGCUGCUCCCCAGGCCACAGCAGACAGCACUGCUGAGAGAUGGCGGACGCGUGGGUGACGCAAAUGGCAGGUCCUGGGAAUCCCGCUACCCCCCACCUAGAAUUGUCCCACCUGCCCCACCCCAAACGCCAGCUCCUCCUGGCGCCCCAGGCCCAGAAUGUGGGCCCGGAGAGACUUGCUGGGGUCUCUGGGGCACCUUGGCCUCACUCUGAGGCUGGAAGGAGAAGGACCAGGGUGUGGCAUCACUCGGCCCCAGGGACCCCACUGCCCUGCCCAGCACUGGCCCCGACCCGCGCUCCUGCCGUCUGCUCAGAGCGGGACCUCGUCCUCCCGGAGGGUGCAGGGUGCGGCUGAGUGGGCACAGAUCCUGGCUGGAGAAAGGCCCAGGCGGAGGCCAGGCCUGGGAAACAUCUGAGCGAUGAGGACACGCGUGUUUGACAACUGCUCCCCUGAAUAAACACGAGGAUACAUGUUUGAUCCUU